AUGGCUAGUUCGCAGUGUCUGCGCCUCAGGCCACUCGCCUCCUCAGGCCUUGUGAGGCCCUCGGCUAAGCUCAGUGCUCAACAUAUGACCCGACUUCCCAUGAUCGCCGCGCGAUACAAGUCGGGUCCUUAUGGCUACACACAAGCUAAGGCUCUUGUCUUCUCAAAGCCUGGAGACCCAGCCAAAGUUCUCAAGCUUCAUAGUCACUCUGUCUCCCCUUCUAUUCCCUCGGAUUCGGUCCUCGUCCGAACUCUCGCCGCUCCCAUCAACCCCGCCGAUGUCAACACAGUUCAGGGAGUUUAUGGCUCUAUGCCUCCCUUCACCAACUUAAUUGGUACCGCUGAACCUUCUGCCAUUCCCGGUAACGAAGGUGUCUUCGAGGUUGUUGCCACAGGAUCACCCUCCUCCUCGCUACAGAAAGGCGACUGGGUCAUCCCCGCCAUCGGCCAGUUCGGUACUUGGAGAACCCAUGCCGUUGCUGAAGCCGAUAAGUUUAUCAAGAUCGAUAAGGAGGGCUUGACUCCUACGCAAGUCGCGACCGUGAGCGUCAACCCAUGCACCGCCUACCGCAUCCUGCGACAUUAUGGACCCAGUGCUGGUCUUCAAGCUGGUAUGGGUAUGCGCCCCCUUGAAGUUGGCAGUGGCCAGUGGUUCAUCCAGAACGGCGCCAACUCUGGUGUUGGACGAGCUGCCAUCCAGUUUGGAAAGCUCUGGGGCUUGAGGAGCAUCAAUGUUAUUCGCGAUCGCGAAACACCCAGGGCGACUAACGCUUUAAAGAAAGAGCUCCAAGACCUCGGCGCAGAUGUCGUUGUUACCGAAACCCAGUUUCUGACUCCUCAGUGGAAGGAUCAACUAGCAGAAAUCACCCGCAAGGGUCGUGAGGAGAUCGGUCUAGGUCUCAACUGCGUUGGUGGCAAGUCGGCAACCACAAUCGCUCGGUCGCUCGGCAAAGGCGCUACUUUGGUCUCUUAUGGUGGCAUGGCUAAGCAGCCAGUCUCACUACCCCUCGCUCUCCUUAUCUUCAAGGAUGUCCGCUUCCUCGGUUUCUGGCUCAGCAGACUCAAUGAGGAGGACCCUACUGGCAGGAGACAUGCCAUCAACGAUAUUCUCCAGCUCAUCCGAUCUGGCCAGUUCCGUGACGUCCCUAUUGAGGAGGUCAAGUGGGACUGGGAGACAGAGGAGGAGACUCUGCGCAAUGCCGUACAGCAGGGCCUUGAGGGAUUCCGUAAGGGCAAGGGUAUCUUCACAUUUGGCGAGACAUAG